AUGGCCGCUCAUUCAACGCUUCGUCGUCGAGAAGAUCCUCUCGUGGCGCUGUACAACAAAUACACCAGUCUCGUUCGCUCCCGGAUCAAGCGUUCAUCAAAGACCACCCGAAUCAUCGCCACUAUUGCACUGAUCCUAUCUAUUUUGGGUUCCGGUUAUGGAGGCUACAACUGGUUCAGCGAAAGGGCCAAAGAACGUGCGCGAGGAAGACGGCUGCUGCGUUGGAAUUCUGGGAUUCGAGGCAAGGAUGGCACUCGUACCAUCUAUGUGCCCUAUAAGGGCUCCAUGACCUCUAAGGUUGUAAUUCAUCCGACUAAACAAACGACUUUCGAUGCGCAUCGGCGGUUGUUCUUGAAUCCACCUGCUGCCGCCCGUGUCGGCGACGGCGAAUCAGUGAAUCAAAUACCACCGCCAACCACGAAGCCUGGGAUCAACCUUGCAUUCCUUCAUCAAUUUCUCAGCCUAGGGAGUAUCAUGGUCCCGAGAUGGGGUAGCAAAGAAACCGGAUUAUUAAUGGGUCAUGGGGUUUUCUUGCUCUUGCGGACGUACCUGUCUCUGUUGAUCGCACGGCUUGAUGGCGAGAUCGUAAGGGAUCUUGUCGCGGGCAAAGGGCGCGCUUUCGCUUGGGGCAUUCUCAAAUGGUGCGGGAUUGGCACACUGGCUUCCUACACCAAUGCCAUGAUCAAGUUCCUUCAAUCGAAGGUGUCUAUUGCGUUCCGGACCCGAUUAACGAGGUAUAUCCACGAUCUCUAUCUUACUGGCGAUAACAACUACUACAAGUUGAUGAAUCUGGAUGGCGGUGUUGGCCAAGGACCAGACCAGUUCAUUACCCAGGACCUCACGCUCUUCUGUUCUGCAGCAGCAGCUCUAUACUCGUCCAUGGGGAAGCCUAUGGUGGACCUAUUCGUGUUCAAUUAUCAACUGUAUCGUUCUCUCGGGCCUUUGGCCCUUACCGGUAUCCUCACGGGCUACUUCAGUACUGCAGCAGUUCUGAGGAAGCUUUCACCACCGUUUGGAAAGCUGAAGGCUGUGGAGGGAAAGAAAGAGGGUGACUUCCGGGGUCUACAUUCACGGUUGCUCGCCAAUGCUGAGGAAAUCUCUUUCUAUGGCGGCGCGGACAUCGAACGUGUUUUCCUAAUGAGAAGCUUCAAAGACCUUCAGCGCUGGAUGGAGGGUAUCUAUAGCCUCAAGAUCCGCUACAACAUGCUCGAAGACGUCAUUCUGAAAUACGCUUGGUCUGCGUUUGGGUACCUGAUCACGUCUCUGCCAAUAUUUCUUCCAGCCUGGGGCGGCAUGGGUGGUGCCCUGGAGCUUGUGGACGUGCCGAAGGAGACUGGUCGAGAACGCGAUCGCAUGAAGGAGUUCAUCACGAACAAACGUUUGAUGCUAUCUCUGGCGGAUGCAGGUGGCCGGAUGAUGUAUAGUAUCAAAGACAUCUCGGAGUUGGCUGGGUACACGUCUCGAGUCUACAGCUUGAUAUCCACCCUUCACCGAGUGCAUGCGAGUGCAUACUACCCCCCACGCAAUUCUCAUGCGGAGCUAUACUCUCUCGCGGACGUACAAGGGACUAUUCAUAACGGCUUUGAUGGUGUUCGUCUCGAACAGGUUCCCAUCGUCGCGCCUUCAAUAUAUCCCCGGGGUGGCGAUGAUCUGAUCGAGUCACUGUCAUUCGUCGUGCACUCCGGCGACCACCUCCUGAUAUCUGGACCGAACGGGGUCGGCAAGACUGCCAUUGCCCGGGUUGUAUCAGGGCUGUGGCCAGUGUACCGCGGGUUGGUCAGUCGCCCCAGAGGGUUUGGGCUUGACGGCAUCAUGUUCCUUCCCCAGCGGCCCUAUCUCAGCGUGGGGACUCUCCGCGAUCAAGUAAUCUACCCCCACACUGCAAUCGACAUGCACGAGGCAGGUGUAACCGAUGCUGCACUGCAGAAAAUUCUGGACGACGCUCACCUAGGCUACCUCCCUGGGCGCGAAGGCGGAUGGGACACUCGAAAGGAGUGGAAGGAUGUCUUGAGUGGAGGAGAGAAGCAACGCAUGGCAUUGGCACGAAUUUACUAUCACGAGCCUCGCUAUGCCUUCCUUGAUGAAGGAACCUCAGCAGUCUCGUCUGAUGUCGAGGGCCUGCUGUACCAGCGGGCAAAGGAGCGGGGAAUCACCGUGAUUACGAUCUCCACACGCGCAUCGCUCAAGAAGUACCACACAUACAACCUUAGCAUUAGUAUUGGCGAAGGGGGCGAGCAAUGGGAGUUUGAGAGGAUCGGCACCGCCAAGGAGAAGCUGGGAGUUGAGAAGGAGUUGCAGGAGAUACGGAAGCGGCUUGACAAGGUGGAAGAGUGGAAACAGCGUCGGGAGGAUAUUGAGAACGAGCUGCGCAAGGUCUGGGCGGAAGAAGGAGAGCUUUCUCCACCACCCUAUGAAUCCGAAUCGGAAGCAGUUGAGGUACAGGAUGAUCAGCAGUAG